UAAUAGAAUAUAGGAGAAGGGGUAGUAGCAUUUACCUUCUCCAUUUCUCUACCUUGUUCGUCAAAAUCCAAAUCCUCCAGGAGGGGUCGGAAAAAUAAUGGCUGGCAGGUCUAUGUGGCGCGCCACAACCAAGCUGUUAGUGGCCACCACCACCCUUGGUGGUGGAGCAGCGGCGGCCACAAUUGCCAGCUCCGACGACCCAGCCAUGGCCCUUAAGCUUUGCACAAAUGUCCCUCUCCGUCUCUAUCGCGAUUCCGUCACUGCUGCCACCAUUGCCUUCGAUUAUGAAUAUUCACUCUGGGGACUGCCAGAAGGUAGUGCAGAGAGAGCAAAAGCCAAACAUGAAGUUCACAUGAGGGGUGCACGCAGGCUAGAAGAACUUUGUUUCAGAAAUGGUGGAAUUUAUAUUAAGCUUGGUCAACAUUUAGGACAGCUGGAGUACUUAGUACCUGAAGAGUAUGUACGUAUUAUGAGGGAAUCAAUGUUAAAUAGAUGUCCUCAUUCUUCUUAUGAUCAAGUGCAUGAAGUUGUGAAGAAAGAGCUUGGAGGUGCACCUGAUGAAAUCUUUGAUGAAUUUGAUCCGAUACCAAUAGCAAGUGCUUCUCUUGCUCAAGUCCACGUUGCUCGAACGCGUGAUGGGCAAAAAGUUGCUGUCAAGGUUCAGCACACACAUAUGACAGAUACUGCUGCAGCAGAUUAUGCAACUGUGGAGUUGAUAGUGAACACAUUGCAUCGAUUUUUUCCUUCCUUUGAUUACAGGUGGUUGAUUGCUGAAGUUCGUGAAAGUAUACCUAAGGAACUAGAUUUCUUGGUUGAGGCCAAAAACAGCAUAAAAUGUAUGGAUAACUUUCGGAAGCUGUCUCCUCAUAUUGCAGACUACGUUUAUGCACCAAAGGUGUAUUGGAAUUUAAGCACUUCAAAGCUGUUAACCAUGGAAUAUAUGGAGGCUGCACAAGUAAAUGACUUGAAGAGCAUUCAAAGGCUUGGAAUUCAGCCAAGUGAUGUUGUAAAGUUGGUUAGUGAGACUUUUGCGCAAAUGAUGUUCAAACAUGGUUUUGUGCAUUGUGAUCCACAUGCUGCAAACCUGCUAGUCCGCCCUUUGCCUUCUGGUCGUAGGAGCAUAUUUGGAAGGAGAAAACCUCAGUUGAUACUUUUGGACCAUGGUUUAUACAAAGAACUUGAUUACAAUACCAGAAUAAACUAUGCUGCACUGUGGAAGGCUUUGGUAUAUUCUGAUGCAGAUGGGAUAAAGGAAAACUGUGUAAAACUGGGUGCUGGAGACGAUCUUUACGCAUUGUUUGCUGGGAUUCUCACAAUGAGGCCUUGGAAUAAAGUGAUAGAUUCUUCAGUUGAUCAUCUUGUUGUCAAAGGCACAGACGGUGACCGUUCAGAAUUGCAGAUGUAUGCUUCUCAAUAUUUUCCACAAAUCACUGAACUUCUGAGGAGAUUGCCCCGGGUUAUUCUUCUAAUGCUCAAGACGAACGACUGCUUACGAGCAGUUAAUGGGUCAUUGAUUCAAGGGCCUUCUCUUGAGUCAUUCUUAAUCAUUGGAAGGGUUUCAUCUGAAGCGGUUCUUGAGUCUAUGUUGUUGCAAAAGAGAUCAUUAUUAUCUUGGAUCAAUUUUUGGAUACAGAAGAUCUUGUUGGAAGGCCGGGUUUGCGUAAUGCACAUAGCAGUGUGGCUUUUACAACUUCAGAAAGCAUUGACAUUGUGAAAGCAAGUAUACUUCCAAUUUUAUUGGAUGUCCACUAACAUAGUGAAAGCAACUAACAAUCAGGAGAUGUUUGAUAUGGAAUUUUGUUCAAAACUUUCUAUAGAAGGUGGAUUCAUUAAUUUUAUUUUAUUUUUGCAAUUCUUUUGUAAUAUGCUGCAUUUACAAAUUUUUAAGCAGAAUGAACCUCUUAGACUAGGCUAGGGAAGCAAAAAUGUUUAUUUGGUUGUGAAUCAUCCUAGGAUAUUAAUGGUAUGUUAGCCAUAAAUUGUGCAAUUUCUUUUAUGGCAGACUUUUUAUCUAUCAACUUUUGGAGAA